UACCUGAGUUAACUCCGAGCAAACCAGAAGACAUCAGUAUUAAUCCCAUGAUUGUCUUUGGCAGCUCUGUUCUUCAAACGUGUGAGCGUGACAACAGAAUCUGGUAAGGAGGAAUUGUCAGGAACUCUGGAACAAGGAAUGAGGGCUGUCAUCAGGAGCCCUUCAGGUGUCAAUGGCAAUGCUGUUUUCCAGUUUCUAAAAGAUGGCUCAUUGUCCUAUUCUAUUCUAUUGGCUGUGAAGCAUUCAGACAGAGUGAAGAACAUCACCCUGAAUGGACCUGCCCGAGACGGAUCUGUUGGCCCCGUGAUACUUGAGCUGACGGACUACUUUAUACAGGACGUGACAGAUUUCACCUGGUAUGCCAACAAUACCGUCCAGGACAAGUUGACUAGUGAACUGUUACUACAUUUGUGGCAAGGCCAUCUUUACAUUGACGUCAAAUUAGAGGGGGACAAGGAAAACAGUAGACUCAUUAGUGGACAGAUUUCAAGGCCUGGUUCAUGGUAUUGUGACAAACCCCAGACAUUUUGUCCCCACAUGAACCUGUACCUACAUGGCCAGAAGCCAGACCCUGGACUGCAGACAGUCCCCACGUCUGCAGAGGCAGUGUUCUAUGUGGACAGGGCUAAUGCCUUACAGUAUAGCAUUCAGGUCAAGUUUUCUAAUCCCCAUGAAGUGGCCUUAUCUGCCUCAGUAACAGAGGGACAGAAGACUGCACUGACUAUCAGUAAAUUCAAGUCCAACAGCCUUGAUAAUCAGCACAUACAUGAAGUCAAUGGUCACCUGCCUCAGAUAUCCCCUGACAUGAAGAAGUUGCUGAGUGAAGGGAAACUAAAGCUUGUUGUCUCCACCAGUGUAAACCCUAAUGGGGACAUAGUCGGGGAUAUCCCCAGUGUGGAAAGGCCACACUGUAUAAAAACGUCUCGUUUCAAUGUUGCGUGGGAUUUGCAAAACGCACCACUGGAUGGACUCAAUGUUGUAGUAGGGGAUGUUGUCAUCUUCACGUAUGGACAGAAUGAGACGAUCUAUCGGCUACCAAAUAGGAUCCAGUACAGGUCAUGUGACUUCUCUGAUGCCAGAAUGGUUGCCGCCCCACUCCAUCCCAAAAUGACGAGUGGACAGGUUCAGUUAGACAUGAAAGAGCCCGGGGAGUUUUAUUAUGCAUCUGAGCAGAACUGUAAUAAUUCCCUUUACAUGACUGUUACAGUCACAGAGAAUGACACAAGGCCAUUUAAGGACUGUUCAAGGUCGGCCUACCAGUUGUGGCUGGAUCAGAAGUUGUCUGGGAGAGGAGGAUCAGGUGCUGUGGGUGCCAUCAUCGGAGGGUCGUUUCUGGCCGUCGUCUCACUGCUCCUCAUUGCUUUGCUCGAUCGGAGGCGAAAAGUCAGGUCGAAAUCCAGCAGUGGCUUUCAGCGGUUUUGAGGUUGACAGCGGCCAGUUGUUUUUGUUUGAUCAAAAAACAUAAGGUUCUGUUCCUUAUUGUGUGCUGGUUAGCCAAGAUUUUUUGUUGUCAUGUUCAAAUACUCUGUCUUCAAGAAGGGUAAGCUUCCUGUUUAGCUACAUAACCAAGAUUUGUUUUUGUGACUUAACAAGGUUUAUUUUUGAAGGUCAAAUUUGUUUGAGGAGACAAAUAUUUCAUUCCUUUGCUGUGUUGUUCAGCAUCAUAAUACAUGCAUCACUGAAGUCAGGCCAGUGUACAUGUAGAUGUAGAACAUGACAGACUGUUGUCAGUUUUCCUUUUGUCAUCACCUAUUGAGGUACAUGUAUUUAAACACCAUUUAAUAUGUUAUGGCUCAGAAAUUACCAGGCAGCCUUUUAUAGUGGCAUACAUGCAAUACCUUGGAUAACUAGGGCAUACAACUU